AUGUAAGACAUUUUCUGUUAUACAUUUUUCAGCAUCUCCAGUCUGAAAGUACACAUAGUAAACACCCAAAAUAUUAAGAAAACUACGACAUAAUGGAGUUGAGAUUUCCAUGGGAUAUUAUUGUGUUCUUCACGUCAGCCGUAUUGGGUUUCCUAUUGUAUAUCGUCUUCACGAGACCACGUCAAGCGUACAAGGAGUACAAAAAAAUAUCCACCAAGUUUCAAACGUCUAGUUUGUCAAUAGCUCUUGGCUUGAAAGAAGAGUUCAUAGCUAUCCAGGACAAGUUCUAUUCUGUCGUUGAAGUUUCUAAGGCUAUAAAACUAGCUGGAUUGGAGUCAAGUAAUCUUAUUAUCGGGGUUGACUUCACCGCUAGCAACGAGUGGCAGGGUCGUAAAUCCUUCUCUGGUCGAUCUCUUCAUCAUAUAUUUAAAAACACUUCAAAGAAACUUAACCCAUAUCAAAGUGUUAUCAAAUGUAUAGGGAAGACCCUAGAGCCAUUUGACGAAGACAACCUAAUUCCUGUUUAUGGAUUUGGGGAUUUGAAGACCAAAGACCACAGCGUGUUCAACUUCAACGACAACAACGAACCUUGCAAAGGUUUAGAUGCAGUGCUUCAAGCCUACAACGAUGUUGUAAGGCGAGUUUCUUUAAGUGGACCAACAAGUUUUGGUCCCAUCAUUGAUAAAGCUAUAGAAAUUGUAAGCAGAUCGCUCGGCUAUUACAUCUUGGUAAUUAUUGCCGAUGGUCAGGUUGUUGAGGACCAUGAAGUCGAAACUCGCGAAGCUAUCGUCAAAGCUUCUUAUUAUCCUAUCUCAAUCAUUGUUGUUGGUGUUGGUGACGGGCCUUGGGAUCGUAUGCAUGAAUACGAUGAACUUUUACCUCAAAGAAAAUUUGACAACUUUCAGUUUAUUGAAUAUAACGAAACUGUCGCCAAUGCAAAGUUUCCUGACGCCGCGUUUGCUUUGCAUGCUCUGAUGGAGAUCCCGGAACAAUAUAAAACAAUAAAAAAACUUGGACUAUUGAAUGACUCUAAGGCAAAUUAAAUCCUCUUCGACAACACCUAUUUGACUGCCUGUAUUUUAUAAUGUUUUUGUUAAUUUGGCGUGUUAUCAAGCGAAAAAUCUCAUCUAUUAUUAAGCUUACUAAAAUGUAUUUAUUGGUACCUGCGGAGCCAACUCGGUGGUGAAGAGAAAAAAAACUACUCUGAUAAUGUAAAAGAUAUCUACUUACAUUCACUUUUUCAUUAAUUAAGCAAUGACUUUGAAAACGUGAAGUUUUCUGGGUGCAAUUAGACUUAUAUUAAAAUGUCAGUGGUUGGUCCUACCUAACCACCAAAAACAAAAUAUUUUUCAACAAUUAAUGUCUAGAAUAAGAAAAAAAUAAUAUUUUUCAAUCAUACUGAGACUAAUUGUAUGUAAAUAAAUACCGACAUAUAA